UUUUUUUUAAACAGAGUCAUAGAUAAUAGAAAGUCCAGUGAAGAAUCUAUCCUGUACUGACUACUUAGCUAUUGAGCAAGGGAUUGAAAAGAACCUUUCUUAGAGGAAUUUAAAAAUCAAGAUAAUAACUUUGUACUUGAUAAUAUUAUAAAAUAGAAACUUAUGUAUUUCUGAGCCAAAGCCAAAUACUGAUAGGUAACAUUUAGAGAGUCAUGUUGGGGAUAGUGACUUAAAGCAGUAAGUCCAGCUUCUUAAACAAAAGAAAAAGAAAUAGUUGCAGUAAUUAAUGUAUGUCUUGGGGAUAAGCAAAGAUUAUAAACCUCAAAAUGGAAAAUAAUCUUUAUGUCACUAAAUUCAUUCCUAUAGCAAUUCAAUCACUUAUUCUUUUCAACAUAUUUUCAACUUUUUAACACACUGCUUAUAUUUAAGUAUUUUCUUACUGAUAAGUGAAUUUGCUAAGAACUAUUAUCCUUAUGGAAAUCCUGGUGGAGUAGUGGCUAAGAGUUUGGCUACUUACUAAAAAGUAAGCAGUUCGAAUCCAUCCGGUGCUCCUUGGAGAUCCCAUGGGGCCGUUCUACUCUGUCCUAAGGUGUUGCUAUAAGUCAGAAUUGACUUAACAGCAAUGGGUUUUUUUUUUUCUUUAAUCGUUCUUAUCCUAUUAAAAUAAGUAUAGCAUAUUUUUAUUUAUUUUUUCAUUGAUCUUCUACAACAGAUUUUGGAUGUAAAUGCAUGAUGUCUUACAUUUUAUCUUUGUGUAAUGGAAUGGUGUUUCUUGUUUAAAAAAAGGUAAAAUUGCCCAUUCAUUUAAGCAACUGUAUAAUUUCCUGAAAAAUACAUUGUUGGAUCAAUCACAGAUAUUAUGAAAAAAUAAAUAAGUAGUUCACUGUUCUUUAUUUACCUUCCACACUCUUGUUUCUUACUUUAGGGAAAACCAAUGAAUAUUCAAUGGAGAAUUAUAGUGAAACAUCAACUGAUUUCAUUUUAUUAGGACUGUUCCCACCAUCAAGAAUUGGCCUUUUCCUCUUCAUUCUCAUCAUUCUCAUUGUCCUAAUGGCUUUAAUUGGUAACAUAUCCAUGAUUAUCCUCAUCCUACUGGACACCCAUCUCCACACACCCAUGUAUUUCCUGCUUAGUCAGCUCUCUCUCAUGGACCUGAAUUACAUCUCCAAUAUUGUCCCCAAGAUGGUUUACAAUUUCUUGUUUGGAAGCAAGUCAAUCUCCUUCAUUGGAUGUGGAGUUCAGAGUUUCUUCUUUUUGACUUUGGCAGGUGCAGAAACACUUCUCUUGGCAUCUAUGGCCUAUGACCGCUAUGUGGCCAUUUGCUUUCCUCUUCACUAUCCUGUUCGUAUGACCAAAAGUGUGUGUGCGCUAAUGACUAUAGGAUCUUGGAUAAUGAGCUCUAUCAAUGCGUGUGCCCACACCGCAUAUGCACUCCAUAUACCCUAUUACCAGUCCAAGACCAUCGAUCAUUUUUUCUGUGAUUUCACAGCCAUAUUGGCUCUGACACACAUGGACACCUGGGUCUAUGACUACAUAGUGUUUGUGUGCAGCGCCUUAUUCCUUGUGUUUCCUUUCAUUGGCAUUACCUAUUCCUAUGGACGGGUUCUCCUUGCCAUCUACUGCAUGCCCUCAUCAGAAGGGAAGAAGAAGGCCUAUUCAACCUGCAGUACCCACCUCACUGUGGUGACUUUGUACUAUGCACCCUUUGUUUACAAUUAUCUACACCCAAGAUCCUUCCGAUCUCCAACAGUAGACAAGGUUCUGGCUAUUUUCUACACCAUUCUCACACCCAUGUUCAACCCUGUCAUCUACAGCCUGAGGAACAAAGAGGUAAUGAGGGCCCUGAGAAGAGUUACUCAGAGAAUGUUCUCUCUGUGAAAAUGUAGACAAGAUUUCUGCAUCAAUCUUCAAGCUGAAAGUGUCUAUUCUGCAGUGAAUGGACAAGGUCUAAGGUUAUAUUAGAAGAUUUUAAAAACUAGAAGUUUGACAAAAUAAUUUUACAUUACUAAGGCAUGUUUCUUUUUUCCUGAGGUGAUUUUUUUUUCCAUCAAUAUAAAAGGCAUAUACAGUCAACUCAAUUUGAGAAAUAAGAAGCUUUUAUUAAUAUGUAGAAAAGAAAAUGAAAACUUUCUAAAAUGAUAUCAUUCAUAUAACAAUUCUACUAUAUAUAAUUUAUCUCUCAAUAUGACAACAGAAAAAUAAAUGAUUUAUUUAUUUAAAAAUAAUAUUUUCUCCAUUAAUUCUCUGUUAAUAGGUGUGUACUGUCCCAAUUUUUUCCCCCAAUUUCAGGGGAAAAGGCAGAUAUAGGGAUUAGAAAGUCUUACACAACUAUAGAGGAAAUAUGACAAGUUUAUGUUUUCCAGAAGAAAUAUGACAAGUUUAUGUUUUCCAGAAGGGGGGACCUGAAUUUAUCUGGAUGAAUCCUAGGAAAGUGAUUUAUAAACAAGGUCAGUAAUCAGGGCUGGAGAGAUGCUGAGUUAGAGAAGAAGGAGAGCAUACUUUAUAAGAGGAUUAAUGGAAGUUAUGGGUUAUGCUAUCUCAGCCAUUCCCAAAUAAGUCCCCAGCACAGACUCAAAUUUUGCAUCCCAAGUAGCCACGUUACCCUUAUAUAAGACAAUUUACCUUAUACAUUUUCUUAUUCUUCAGUCAAUAGACUCAUAAUUCUAUUGAUAUGUUUUUUGGGGGUAGGAGUGGGGAGUCAACUUCUCUGCACCAGUAUUUUAAAUCGAUAUACCAGCUCAGCCUGUGCCUGAAUGGGUCCCCCCAUUAUUUUCAGGAAAAAAAAAAUGUAUUAGCUUAGGUGUAUAUGCUAGGUGAAGAGGCAUUGCAGUCCAGAAGAGAAUACUGCUGAUACUGAAAUCUGUCCUUUUUUUUUUUUCUUCUUUCUUUUGAAUUGUAAUUUAGAUGAAGGUUUACAGAACGAACUAGCUUCUCAUGAAACAAUUAGUACACAUAUUGUUUUAUGACAUUGAUUACCACAAUGUGGCAAUGGGAAGCAUAGUGGCAAUCUGCCUGUGUAAAGAUUACAGCCUUGGAAACCCUCUAGCACAGUUCUACCCUGUCCUACAGGGUUGGUAUGAGAGACAAUCGACUCAGCAGCACAUAACAAUAAAAACAGCAGUGUGAACUGAAGGUAAAACAGUGAAAUAGAAUAUACACUAAAUGGUUGGUAUUAUCUGUGAAACUUGUUCUUGAAUUUAUGAUGAAUAAACUCAGGAAUUCCCUCAAAAACAUCAUAUUUAUGAAAAUAUGGUCACUUCCAAAGUAAUUAUGUUUCUGUGUGACAAAAUAGAUAGUAAAUGUUCACAUCACCUAAAAUGAACCUCAAAUGUAAGAAUAUUUGUCUGUAGCUGUUCAAAUAAAUUUAUAAAACAAACUAAAGAGAGGCUUGAAGGAGAAAUUGAAUUUGUUAAUGAGGGGAAGAUGCAUUGUGGUAGUGCCUGUGAUGGAACCUUUUGGAUACGGGUAAAGAGCGAAGCCAAGUUUAGAAUUCUUUCAUAUGGAGCUAGUAACAUGAAUUAUAUUUUCUGUAAGUACAGGUGUUUUCAUGCUAGUAAGUGAUGAGAUCACAUAGGUGUCGAUUCCAUUAUAUUAAUUCUUUUGGUAGUGUGGAUUAAUGUCUAAACUAAAAUCAUUCUGGAUUUACAGUGACAGGUUUAGGAAUUGAGUGACAUAAUUUAUGUAAGAGUUGGUCAAGUUCAGAAUUAGCCUCUGCAUUUUUUAUAACACUGUUCACCAAAAAUCCUACAGCAUGAAAUACAGACAACAAAAAUUGUUUUGGAUCCUAUUUGUAAAUACGUUAUCUGUUUUAGAUAGGAGAUGAGAGCCACUGGAAAUGAAAGUACAAAUUCAUACUAGAGUUAGCUUUUGAUGGGCCCAAGUGAAACAAGACUAAUAAAGCUAGCUCUUAAGAGCCCAAGCUCUCCAUAGCAAUUGUGAAUGCAGCAUUUCCUAUUUCCUACAUUUUCUAUUUGCCCAUGAGUGAAGAGUGGUUAGUGCUGUGUCUUACUUGCUGUUCUGCCUUAUAUGACUCAUUCUUUGCAAUUAAAUAUCUGGAAAUUACUUGUCUAGAUUUUAUAUGCAAAUAUAAAAUGGAAAUUAUAAUAAAGAUAAAAUAAGAAUGUCUAAAAUUACUUACCUAUUGGAAAACAGGAAGCCCUGGUGGCAUAGUGGUUAAGUGCUAUGGCUCCUAACCAAAAGGUUGGCAGUUUGAAUCCACCAGGUGCUCCUUGGAAACUCUAUGGGGCAGUUCUACUCUGUCCUAUAGGGUCACACUAUGAGUUGGAAUGGACUCAACAGCAAUGGGUUUGGUUUUUUGGUAUUGGAAAAUAAAAUAUUUUCUACAUCUCAAGGACAACAUCUGGAAAUAAUUCAGGGAUCAUAGGAUUAGAAGGUGUGCUAUGGUUAUUCAGGUUUUGUUUUUAAAUACAAAUUAUGCCUAAUUGUGAUGCCUUAUGAUUUUAACUAUGCAUUUUAUUUAUUUAUAUUUUACCUCCUUUAUAAAUUAUCAAGUUCCACUGAGGUAAUAAUUCCACCUUCAUUAACAAUUUGACAGAGCUUUUGUGAGAAACAGAGUAGUGAAUGUACACAAUUUGAAAAAAAAAUACUAUACAAAUGUAGUGGAUGACAAUAUUUGAAUGAAAAUGAUGACAAUUUUGUUGAUGGUGAUGAUGGUGGUGAUGAUGAAGAGAAUAAAGGUUGCAGUUACUGUUCAAUGAUUUCUUAUACUCAGGCUCACACUAAGUAAUCACUAGGUAUUAUCUUAUAUACAACUUGUGAUAAUCUACAUUUUGUUCUUUUUUUAAAAAAAUAUCUGCUGCAUAUAUAAACUACUGGCUUAAAAA